AGUGGUUCGUCGUGCGACAGCAGCUGAUGAGAAAGACACAGUAUCCUCGGAGACCCUGAACUGAAAGAGGCCAGAGAGGGGCGUCAUGGGCCCUGAGUUGCCUGUACCUUGGCCGCUGCUGGUCACCUGGUUCCCAGCUGGUUGCCUGUCCUUGCUGGUGACAGUCCAGCACACAGAACGCUAUGUCACCCUGUUUGCCUCUGUCAUCCUCAAAUGUGACUACACCACCUCUGCCCAGCUCCAGGACGUGGUGGUGACGUGGCGCUUCAAGUCCUUCUGCAAAGACCCCAUCUUUGACUACUACUCUGCAUCUUACCAGGCAGCUCUCUCCCUGGGCCAGGACCCAUCCAAUGACUGCAAUGACAACCAGAGGGAAGUUCGCAUCGUGGCGCAGAGGCGGGGGCAGAAUGAGCCCGUGCUGGGGGUGGAUUACCGGCAGCGCAAGAUCACCAUCCAGAACCGAGCCGAUCUUGUGAUUAAUGAAGUUAUGUGGUGGGACCAUGGGGUGUAUUAUUGCACCAUUGAAGCUCCAGGGGAUACGUCAGGAGACCCAGACAAGGAGGUGAAGCUCAUCGUCCUGCACUGGCUGACAGUGAUCUUCAUCAUUCUGGGAGCCCUCCUCCUCCUGCUGCUGAUCGGAGUGUGCUGGUGUCAGUGCUGUCCCCAGUACUGCUGUUGCUACGUUCGCUGUCCCUGCUGUCCCAACCGCUGCUGCUGCCCUGAGGAAGCCCUGGCCCGCCACCGCUACCUGAAGCAGGCUCAGGUUCUAGGCCCUCAGCUGAUGGAAAAACCCCUGUACUGGGGGGCGGACAGGAGCUCCCAGUUUUCAUCUUAUCCAAUGAACCCACUGCUGCAGCGAGAUUUGUCCCUGAGAUCCAGCCUCGCACAGAUGCCAAUGACCCAAACUGCCACUUCCCCGCCCAUCCCCAGUGGGGUCCUAGACUAUUUGGAGAAAGAGCUGCGGAACCUCAACCCAGCCCAGCCUCUGGCCUUUGACCCUCAAGCCAGAGCUGGCCAUCCCUGCAGCAUGCUGUCCUCCCUGGGCUCUGAGGUUGUGGAACGCAGAAUUAUCCACCUGCCGCCGCUGACCAGAGGCCUGCCUUCUUCACAGAAGACCAGCAGCUCCUCCCACCAACAGUGGCACACCCCGAUCCCCACUGGACCCUGGGAUCUGAGGGAGGGGAGAAGGCAGCACUACUAUCCUGAUUUCCGACAGGAUUUUCAAAACCGGGAACCCAAGCGCUGGGUGUCGCAGCAAAGGGAGCUGAGCCAGCUGCGGAAUAGAAGUCAUCACAGCUCCAGGCUGCAGGGUUCACCCACGCCCUGGUCAGACAGGGACAGCCUCAGUGAUGGCCCCUCAUCCAGUGAGGCCCACUGGCAGUCUAGUCAACCUCCUCUCAGGAGCAGAUACCCAGAGAGACCCCACAGGCCCAGCCCCAGGGAAGGCAUCCGGAGACACCAGAGACGCAGGCCUCGAAGCUACUCCCCUCCAUUGCCUUCAGGCCUCAGUUCUUGGAGCUCAGAAGAGGAAAAGGAGAGACAGCCCAGGAGAUGGGGGGCCCACCCCCGUCGUCGCUCACGGUCUCCAAACUGGCCUGAGGAGAAGCCACCCAGCUACCGCUCACUGGAUGUCAUUCCAGACAAGAAUGGCAGGAAAAAAGGAAGUGUGGAGAGGCGCUUGGAGAGAAACAGCUCCCACAGUGGAAGGAGUGUGGUCAUUUAG